AUGAUACAUCUGAUGGACUCCCCCUUUGAGCAUGUAAUCAAAAGCUUUGAAAAAGUUUUUGAUGUCAACUGGAUUAAGGAUGAUACACAGAUCCUCACUGCUUCUGGUGAUCAAACUGUCAAGGUAUGGGAUGUUCAAGAACAGACGUGUCUUGGAGUGUUAGUGGGGCAUUUGGGGAGUGUGAAAUCUAUUUGUUCUCAUCCAACUAAUUCUGAUAUUCUUGUCUCUGGUUCAAGAGAUGGAUCCUUCCGUCUUUGCGACUUAAGAUGUAACUUCACUGUGAAGAAUAGACGUGGAGAAUGUAGCAUAAGUUCGAUAGCUGAUGUCAAAGGAGCACACGAUCCAUCUCAAGCACAACGAGUAAGGAGGUGCAAAUCUAAGGGUGCUUCCAUGAGUAUUACAUCUGUUCUUUGGCUCAAGGAUCAAGUUUCCAUAGCCACUUCUGGUGCAGCGGAUAGUGUGCUGAAGUUUUGGGAUACCAGAAACUUUAAAAGUAUUGUCACCCAGACAUGUCCUCAACCGCAGUCAACGGAAAAGCAAAGAUUACAUGGUAUUUCUAGCUUGUCCCAAGAUGACAGUGGAGUUUUACUCUCAGCUUCCCGCAUGGAUAGCCGAGUUUAUCUAUAUAAUAUACUUCAACUUGAAAAAGGGCCUUUAAGAUAUUUUGGAGGAGGUCGCAUUGAUUCAUUUUUUGUAAAGGCUGCAAUUAGCCCCGAUGCAUCAAACAUAGUCUGUGGUUCCAGUAACGGGAAAGCAUAUGUUUGGCAGGUUAACAAACCUCAGGUGGAACCCACUAUUUUGAAGAGUCACUUCGAGGAAAUUACUGCAGUUGACUGGAGCCGCUCUGACCAUGGGAAAUUAGUAACUGCUUCUGAUGAUUUCACAAUCCGGAUAUGGAAUAAACGCAAUUAUGCUGCCACACCAGUUAUUCCAUUUGCCAUCCGAAGAAGAUUUAUGGCCAUGCCUAAAGUAGAGUGCAAAAUGCUCUUAAACAAUGAAGAAAUUUGCCCCAAGUCCAUUGACGAUGACCUAUUAUCUGAUGGAACUCUGCACAACCCAAUAAAGUCAGUGAUGCCAACGACCCCACCUAAAAUUACUACACCUGAAAGCCAUAAGAACCAACUUUCCAUUUCCCAAACCAUAACUAACUUCCAUAACCCAAAAAUUCUAACAGCCCUGUAA